AUGGGGCAAAUCGAAAUAGAGGAACUCCGUGAAACUCGAAGGAGCGAAAGGCCCACGUCCAGAAAGGAAGAAGAGAGACCAUACAGGUCCCAAAAUAGAGAUUCUAAAAAGCCUUUUAGGCUAACCCCGAAGUUCGAUUCGUAUACCAAGUUUAAUACCAAAAGAGAGGACAUAAUCAAAGAGAUCCUCCACAGCAAACUCAUCAAACCACCAAGCCGAGCUGGCACAUACCAAGGCCUGAGGUAUGUUGACAAAAUGAAACAUUGCGCCUUCCACCAAAAAUUUGGACACACCACGGACGAGUGUGUCAUAGCUAAAGACACGUUGGAAAGGCUAGCGAGACAAGAGUUACUGGACAAAUACAUCAGCAGACAACUCCGGAAGGAACAACCAGCAUCACACGAAGCAGAACAUCUGAAAGCAAAUGGUGAAAAAACUCAGUGGCAGAAUAAUCAACCUCCCAAAAAAGUUAUCAACUACAUUUCAGGAGGUUUCGCGUGUGGUGGGGACACAAGCUCGGCCAAGAAAAGAAGCUACAGGACCAUGUUGGCGGUCCAGAGUGAAACACCACCUGACGCACUUACUCCAGAAGUCCCCGACAUCACGUUCACAAGCAAGGACCUACACAAUAAGACUCCCAACCUUGACGACCUCGUAGUCAUCUCGGUGACAACAGCAGACCUCCUAGUUUGGAAGGUCUUGUUAGACCAAGGCAGCAGUGCCGAUGUCAUGUUUCUAUCGACCUUCAAGAAAAUGCAACUCAAAGAGAAGAUCCUACAGCCGUCCUCCAAGGAGCUUGUCGGAUUCUCAGGGGAAAAAAUCCCCGUGACAGGUUACGUAUGGGUGAGGACAACCCUAGGGGAACCCCCUCACUCGAAAACUUUAGACAUUCAAUAUCUAAUUGUCGACUGUAUCAGCCCAUAUAAUAUUAUCUUGGGAAGACAUUCUUUAAAUUCUUUCGGAGCCAUAGUCUCCACAAUUCACUUGUGUGUUAAGUUUUGUUCAGAAAAAAGAACCAUAGCAACAGUUCACUCGGACAGGAAAGAAGCAAGACAGUGCUACAACGCAGGGCUAAAAAUACAAUAA